CGAGCAGAGAGCAGAAAUGCGGUUUAUGGAAACAAGAAGCGAAAUAUUCGGACUUUUAAUCGACUGUGUGAUUCAUUCAUGAGGGAGAAAAAGUUCCUUUAGAGAGAGGAGCCGUUAGACAGAGUGACGAUGAGCUGCUCAGUAACCAGUGUGAAGGAAUUUAACAUCCACUUGUAGCCCAGUUAGCCCAGUUAGCCUAGCUGUGUGGGCCUGGAGUUUACAAUUAAUUAAAGUUUACAUUUGUAAUACCUUUGGUGUUUCUGUUUGAGGCACAUUAUGACUCGGAGUGAGAAAGUCGGACAGAGUGAUGAAGAAAUUAUUAAAGAGCUGUGUGUGUGUAACGGCUUGCUGUAUGAGAAGGUCUGCGAGGGCGGGAGUCGGGCAGAGGCUCUCGAGGUGUUCUUCUCAGGGUUUCCCCGCAUGGUGGGGCUCUCCUUGUUCCCCCGGCUGGUCACGCUUACCAUCAUGGGGCAGAACGUAAGCUCGAUCCAGGGCCUGGACAACUGCCCGCUGCUGCGCGAGCUCUGGGUGUCAGAGUGUCGGCUCACCGAGAUCUCGGGUCUGCAGAAGUGUGUGCAGCUGCAGAAACUCUUCCUCUACGAUAAUAAGAUCAGGGAGAUACGCGAGCUGGAGUCUCUGACAAACCUGCGCGUCGUCUGGCUCAACAACAACCUCAUCUCACAGAUAAAGGGCUUAAGCACACUCGAGAAACUGACAGAACUCAACCUAGCAGAUAAUCUCAUUACAACUGUAGGAAAAAGUUUGGAGCAAAACAAGAAUCUCCAGCGUCUCAAUCUGUCCGGGAACAAGAUCAGCUCUUUUAAGGAGCUGACCCAGCUGGCAUGUCUGACCGAGCUGAGAGAACUCGGGCUGAACGACCCACACUCAGGUCCGAACCCUGUGUGUGUGCUGUGUAAUUACUUCACACACGUGUUGUACCACAUGCCGUCGCUACACACACUCGACUCGUACAGCGUGUCCGCUCAACACAUCAAGGAGGCUGCAGAGUCCACAGUGAUGAAGAAGAGGAUGUACUAUGACAUGCGUGUGCGCUGCGUUCAGAGGAAGCUCGAUCAGACGAAACACACACUCCUGCUACAGAUGAAGAAGUUGCAGCAGCUGCCUGCAGAGAGAAUACACACACUCAGCUACACACUCAAACAAUUGGAGUGUGAGUCCGAGGCUGCGGGCAGGAAGUUGGCAGGUUUGCAAGAGGAAGUGACAUCAGAGGGGUCAAGUGAAUGCAUGACCUCUGACCUUUCUGAAUAUGAGAAGAGCAUCAAGACAAAACUGGAGGCGAUCAGAAAACGGAUUAAGAUCUGGGAACAGAGACUAGAGGAGUUGGAGGUGUGUUUCCAGCAGGGCGUUGCCAUGGAGACAGACAGGAAGGACAUGUUGAUUCACUUCCUGGUGAUGGAGCUCGAGACGGUGGGAAACAUCCGCUUCGAGGAAGGAAACACCAGCCAUACCUGGUUUAAACCGUGUUACGACCUGCUGCUCUCCCGGUUCUGCGCUUGGGACUACAAACCCUACAACAUCACCGGCAUCAGGAUCAACCGGAUCGUGCGCGUGUAUAACCGCGCCCUUCGCCUGCGCUUCGAGGACAAACUGCACAGCCUGCUGGCGGCCAACGGGACCACGCUUCACUCACAGAACUACAAACGCUCCCUGGAGUAUCUGUUUUAUGUGUUCGAUCCCGAGGAAACCGAGCAAAGCAACGAAAUCCUGAACAUUCUGGAAAACGGGUUUAAAUCAGCUGACGGCUACAAGGCUACAGGUAGAGAGUGUGCUGUGCCUCUGUCCAACAGCGUGAGCAUGUGUGACGAGCCGCGUAUAAGAUUUGCUCAGAGAAAAGCCGCGAGAUGUGGAACCGAAAUGAAAGAGAACCCCCUGCACUCCACACACGGUCAGCUGAUCAUCUCUAAAGCGUUCCCGGGUCACAGUGUUCCUCUGAGAGACGGAGUGCCGCUGGACGCUGAGUUUUAUCCCAAAGCUAACUCAGUGUACCGCAGAGCCAGUGGUAAGCAGCAUGGUAACACCAAGCAGGGUAAAACAGGAGAACGGUCUUCCCCUGAGCUGCAGCGAUGUUGUGACUGCAGUCAGAGACAAACUCUCUGGUACGUUUUCGACCACGAGCUCGUUCUGCCCGAGUAUCACAUCGACUUUGACUACAUCACACAGGAGAAACCCCAGUCCUCCUGCCCCUGUCCCCCAGGCCCUCCCAAAGCCCCUGAUGAUGUCACACCGGCUUCUAGUGAUGAGCGGGCCCUGGACGAGAAGGUUCUGGCACUUGAGCCCGUCCUAAAGCCACGACCCAAACUGCUGAAUCUGGACGAGAGAAGUCUCCUGACAGCAGCUCGAGCAAACGUCCUCAGCCAGAUCACCGUGCUGAAUCUUCACGGGAACAGUCUGAGCAGGCUGAAGGAGAUCUCUCGCCUCACGGCGCUGCGGCAGCUGAACAUCAGUUUUAACGCUUUCACACACCUGGAAGACCUUUCACACCUGCCCAAUCUGGAAUGUGUGGACGCCAGUUUUAACCAGAUUGCGACUCUGGAAGGUGUCCGGCGCCUCCCGCGCCUCAGAGAGCUGGACCUGCGCUGGAACCAGUUGAGCCGGGUCCGAGAGGAGACGAGUGUCCUGCACAAACACACACCGUCCCUGCAGUGUCUCGAUACCAGACACAACCCCUGUAAUCAGGGAGAGGCGGUGCGGCCGGUGGUGUUGGGCCGGUUGAAGACUCUCACACACUUGGAUGGAGUUUUAGUGACGGAGGAGGAGGUGGCCGCCGCUGCACACCUGACCUUCACCCCCAAGAUCAACCUGACGUUACUGAUCUCUCACUCUCGCACUGAUGCUGAACCUCCACGCUGCCUGAGUCUCCACACCACUUCCCAGCUCCUCACACACCUCAAACCAUCGCCAUGGCAACACACCACUGACCUCGAACCCGGGUGGAGUGCCAAGAUCACAGCGGUGAAUCUGGACGGUCAGGGUCUGACCCACAUCAGUAAUCUGGAGCAGCUGGUGAAUCUGCGCUGGGCCUCGUUUAAUAACAACCAGCUCACACACAUCAAGGGGCUGCAGCACUGCCCCCUGCUGGAGGAGCUGUCACUGGACCACAACAGCAUCUCUACACUGGAGGGUGUGUGUAAGCUCCAGUGCCUGACGCGACUCAGCAUUAACAGUAAUCAGCUGCAGUGUCUGGACGGCUCCGUACUGGAAUGCCUGACCAACCUGCACUUCCUGUCUGCGGAGGAGAACCGCAUUUCCUCCCUGCAGGGGGUUCAAAGGGCACGCUUCCUGUUUGAACUUUAUGUGGCGAACAACAACAUCAGCACCUCGCGUGACAUCUAUUACCUGAAGACUCUCAGUAACCUGGUCAUCCUGGAUUUGUAUGGAAACCCGUUAACGAGGACGCUGGAUAAUUAUCGCGCUUAUGUCAUCUUUCACCUGCCGGCUCUUAAAGCACUGGAUGGGACUGCUGUGGAGGUGUCCGAGUGUGAGAAUGCGAAGGACGUGUUUGGCGGUCGGCUGACGGUGGACAUGCUGGCUGAGAAGCUCGGUCAGGUGAACUACAAAGAGAUGGAGGAGCUGGAGCUCUCAGGCUGCUCCAUCAGGACGGUGGAUUUAGCUCCCGCUGAGCUCUUUGCGAAAUUACGCAUCGUGAAUCUGGAGCGGAACAAUCUCACCUCCUUCAGCGGCCUCGUCUACCUCCCCAGCGUCAAGGUGUUGUAUCUGAACCACAACCACAUCGAGUCGAUCCUGCCGCGUCAGAAAGCAAACACACACCUGAGCAGCAGACAGCAGCUCUAUCAGAAAGUUCACUCCAGCGGCUACGGACAACAGAGCAGCAAGAACAGCAUUAGAGAGAAUGUAAAUGUGCAAAGUCUUAAGCCUCUCAUGUGCAGUUUGGAGGUUCUUCAUCUCAGCUAUAACAGCAUCUCCAACCUGAGUGACAUGCAGCUGAGCCGCCUGACCGGCCUGAGAGCUCUGUUCCUGCAGGGUAAUGAGAUCGUGCAGGUGGAGGGUUUGGAUGGUCUGAGUCUCCUGCGUGAGCUGGUGUUGGAUCAGAACCGAGUCAGGAUGCUCAAUGAGUACUGGUUCCGCUCACACACACACCUGAUCGAGCUGAGCCUGAACAACAACCGCCUGCGCAACCUCACACACCUGCAGCUCACACACCUGCAGCGCCUGUACAUCAACAACAACAAGCUGCAGGAUGUUGCUGAAUUGGAUAAACUGGAGGAUCUUCCAUCACUUAUAGAACUGUCUGUGGUGGGCAAUCCGCUGGCACAGCGCUCCCUCCACAGGCAGUCUGUGGUACUGCGUCUCCCUCAGCUGCAAGUCCUCGAUGGAAUCACGGUAACACUGGAGGAACGAGCACGGGCGGAGUUACUGUAUAAUGAGGAAAUGGCGGACGUGGCGUUUCCCGUCAUGCUGUGUCCCGGUCCACAAGUCCGAAACCCCACCCUGCGGGGACACGAGGGCUUCAUCAGCGGGAACUGCGAGGACACACACUGUAAACGCAUGGACAGGAGGCAGAGACCGGGAGGGACACACACACGCAGCGCGCAGAACAACACACUCAGAGGAGCGCAGUGUCUCGGGGGAAUGCUGCACAACGGCCAACGAGGGUACAACACACACACCGAGUCUGAGAACAGGUAUCCCAGUGGAACCAUCCGUGGCCCCAAUAACACCGAUGUGUAA